AUGUCUCACUUCAACUGGACCCUGGACAGUGGAACCAACUACCACAUACUGCGCACCGCCUGCUAUCCGUACAUGAAGUACCACUGUAGCAAGAGGGAGGUGCAGGAUCUCUGGCUGGAGGACAAGUUCUUUCGGUUCCUAAAGGUUAUCAACUUGGGCUUACCUAUGCUCUUCUACGGUCUGGCUGCCAUCCGUCUAAUUAGCCACACGGAGAUCGUUCAUGUCAGCGAGUCGGUGAAAGUGCCCAUAUACUUUCUGUAUGCUGAGGACAAAGGUGCCAGCUUUUGAUUUUGAAAAUAGCUAAAUUGUGAAAUGUCGAGAAAAGCCUUCUUACAUCUUUGGUUCAUAUUUUCAAUUUGUAAAGUACCAUCCUAACAAUGUUUCUAAAAACUACUUAAAAGGUGUUCAACUCCUUAAGGCAAUGUUAUUAAAAUAUAAACAGAGUAGAACUUUGGAAUACGAUCACCCAA